CACUCUGGGGUCCUCAGAGUCCUCAGGCACUCAAAAUCCAUGACCUCUCGAGAACAAUGGCAUCCGUGUUACGACAUGGUACAUUUCGGCCACGCUAAUUCUUUACGACAAGCGAAGUCGUUAGGUGAUUAUCUAGUUGUGGGUGUACAUACCGAUGAAGAAAUUACAAAGCACAAGGGACCACCAGUAUUUAUGGAAGAAGAGAGGUAUAAAAUGGUGCGUGGUAUUAAAUGGGUAGAUGAGGUGGUAGAAGGUGCACCUUAUGUUACAACAUUAGAGACGUUAGAUAAAUACAAUUGUGAUUUUUGUGUUCAUGGUGAUGACAUCACUAUGACAGCAGAUGGUGUAGAUACAUAUCAUUUGGUCAAAACAGCAGAUCGUUACAGGGAGGUACAGAGAACAGCUGGUGUGUCAACAUCUGAUUUAGUAGGGCGUAUGCUUCUAAUGACACGACAACAUUUUAAACAAGGAGAUAGUGAAUACAGUGUUGAUAGAGAACCUAGUAAAAGUAUGGGUCAAGAUCGAUCAGCGAGAAGUCCAUGGACAGGCUGUUCUCAGUUUUUACCUACUACACAAAAGAUUAUACAGUUUAGUGAUGGAAAAAGUCCACAGCCUGGAGAUAAAAUAAUUUAUGUAGCAGGAGCAUUUGAUCUCUUUCAUGUCGGUCAUUUAGAUUUCUUAGAAGUUGCAAAAAAAGAAGGUGACUAUCUUAUAGUUGGAUUACAUACCGACCCAGUAGUUAAUCGAUAUAAAGGUGGUAAUCAUCCAAUUAUGAAUCUCCAUGAAAGGGUACUUAGUGUUCUGGCAUGCAAGUAUGUUAAUGAGGUGGUAAUUGGGGCACCAUAUGAAGUUACAAAAGAUCUUAUGGAACAUUUUGAUGUUUCCAUUGUUUGUCAUGGCCAGACUCGUAUAAUGCCUUGUGAAGAUGGUUCAGAUCCAUAUGCUGAACCAAAAAGGCAAAAUAAGUUUAAAUUGUUGGAUAGUGGCAAUGAUAUGACAACAGAAAAAAUAGUUGAACGCAUUAUACUUCACAGGUUGGAAUAUGAAGAUAGAAAUUUAAGGAAGGAAAAGAAGGAAAUAGCAGCUUAUAAAGCAUUUUUGAAGUCUCAGAAAAAGAAAGGAUAGAUUAAUUUACUCUGAUCCUUCAGAGUAUGUGAUAAUCAUAUUUUAUGAGAGAUACUUGUAAAUAUAAUAU